UCAGCAGACAAAUGUCUUGCUCUUUUUAAUGGGCGGUAAGUUGCCGGGUGCCUAGAUAUUGAAAUAAAAACUAAAAGGGGACUUCAGAAUGGAACCGUAUUGUUUGUAAUAGGUGGAAGUCGAACAUACGCUGCUGUGGAGAUAUUUUAAUAGACGCUUAGAGAGCAGACAGCAGAAUUCUCAUCACAUCGACGCGUCUCGUUUCGCCGGCAUCUUUCACUCGCUAACGUUGAAAAUAGCUAGCUGAGCUGAUGGACUCAAGUGGAAUUUGUGCUUGUGUGUGAGCUUCACGGUUGUGUUAGUGGUGAAAAGUGUGCGUUGUACGCCAAGUGAAAGCCGUCGACUUUAAUAGAGGCACGUGGUGACGUAGUAGUCAGGAGUCGCGAUAUAAAGGCGAUUCAGCCUUUGGUUAGUACUGGGUCAAGCUGUUCGGGAGAGGCGGACACAUGAUGCACCAGCAGGGCUCGUUGAUGCCCUCUUUGCUCAGUGGUGUAUUCUGCCAGUGUCGGUCGACAGACACACAUCCAGGGGCCGACCCUGGUGGUGGAGGCAGGGUUCCCCCCUCCGUCCCUCCCUCGGCAGCAUCACCAUCUAAACCAGUAACCCAACAGUCAGCGUCCGGCGUGUGGCACACCGACGAAGGAGAGCAUCCAUGUGACAUAUGUGGGGGUACGGAGCAGGAGCACAGACUCAAAGUGCUCUUCCAGGUCCUGGAUGUGAACGGGGAUGGAGGCAUCUGUGUGAACGACUUGACAAUUGGGCUGAAGAAGUUAGGAGUACAUCGCACUGAACAUGAGCUCAUGAAAAUAGUGAAAGCCGGAGACAAAGACCUGGAUGGACAGUUAGACUUUGAGGAAUUUGUCCAUUAUCUCAGAGACCAUGAGAAGAAACUCCGACUGGUCUUCAAGAGUUUGGACAGGAAGAAUGAUGGUCGAAUUGACUCACAAGAAAUCAUGCAGUCUCUGCGUGACCUGGGAGUGAACAUCUCUGAGGAACAGGCAGAGAAGAUUCUUAGAAGAAUAAGGAGGGGUCAUAUCUGGGCCCCUAUUAUGUAUAUGGAUAAAAAUGGAACAAUGACCAUUGACUGGAAUGAGUGGCGGGACUACCACCUCCUGCAUCCAGCUGACAACAUCCCUGAGAUUAUUCUUUACUGGAAACACUCCUCGAUCUUUGAUGUAGGGGAGAGUCUGAUGGUUCCUGAUGAGUUCACAGCAGAGGAGAAGAAAAUGGGUAUGCUAUGGCGACACCUAGUGGCUGGAGGAGGGGCUGGUGCAGUGUCUCGAACUUGCACAGCACCACUGGACCGUCUGAAAGUUCUCAUGCAGGUUCACUCCUCCAAGAGCAACAGUAUGCGUAUCGCUGGUGGCUUUGCUCAGAUGAUCAGAGAGGGUGGUGUAAGGUCUCUGUGGCGAGGCAAUGGUAUCAACGUCGUCAAAAUUGCCCCCGAGUCUGCAAUAAAGUUUGUAGCUUAUGAACAGAUUAAGCGACUGAUUGGAAGUAACCAGGAGACGCUGGGCAUCACAGAGAGACUGGUGGCUGGCUCUCUGGCUGGAGCGAUCGCUCAGAGCAGCAUAUACCCCAUGGAGGUCCUGAAGACACGGUUAGCCCUGAGGAAGACAGGUCAAUACUCGGGCAUCCAAGAUUGUGCUAAACAUAUCUUCCAGAGGGAAGGCGUGGCAGCUUUUUACAAGGGCUACAUCCCAAACAUGCUGGGCAUCAUUCCCUAUGCUGGCAUCGACCUGGCUGUCUAUGAGACUCUGAAGAAUUCGUGGCUGCAGCACUACGCUACAGAUAGUGCUGAUCCAGGAGUGUUUGUGCUACUCGCUUGUGGCACUACUUCCAGCACAUGUGGCCAGUUGGCCAGCUACCCACUCGCUCUGGUCAGGACUCGAAUGCAGGCACAAGCUUCUCUGGGAGGAGGUCCUCAGAUGAACAUGACAGGACUGUUCAGACACAUUAUUAGGACUGAGGGACCAAUAGGACUCUAUCGAGGCCUGGCACCCAACUUCAUGAAGGUCAUUCCAUCUGUCAGCAUCAGCUACGUGGUCUACGAGUACCUGAAGAUCACGCUGGGAGUCCAGUCAAAGUGACCAGGGAGGCAGACAGAAGAAAAUAAGUGGCCAAAGGUUUUUUGUUUGUUUGUUUGUGGUCUGAAAUGAACAGCUACAGUUCAACAUAUUUCAGUGCAGAAAAUGAAGGACAAAGCUGAGAUGUGUGAUUUGAAGAGAGAAAAAACUUGACUGAAGUCAUGUCUGUCAGUUGUUCUCUUAAGCUUUCUUUUAGCAGCUCGGUGGUGUUUCAGCACCUGUGAGUCUUAGUUUAACAAGUGUUUACAUGACUCUAAAUUACUGCUAGAACUGGAACAUGUCCCUGCUGCUGAGUACUGUGAAAGGAACAGUCUUGCGUCUCUGUGGAAAGGAAGAAUCUUGAUCUUGGUGGGCUUUGCUCAGUCAUGACACUAUAUCAUCAUAUAGCUGACAGCAUAUGAUAUCAUACGCUAUCAGCUUUGUCGUGAAGCUGUAACUGGAUUUAAAACGGUAGAUAAAUGGUCGAUAUGGCUGCAUUAAAACAGAGAUGAUACAAACAAGAGAAACUAGUGUACUUUAAGCUAAAAUCAGUAUAUAAUGAAAUAAAGCAUUAACGUGAUCCAAAGUGAUUAGGGCCAUUCUAGCAAAAACUAAUUACACAACCAAGGGAAGUGUUCACUAUCUCUGAGAUUAAAGUAAUAAGCAUUAAAAUAGGCUUAAAAUAGUUAUUAUCGAUGUCCUAUGAAGAGAUAUUGUUGUAACCAGAGGAAACCAACUCAGACUAGUUUGCUUUUUUUCACACCUGUUAGUGUGUCAUUCAUAUUAUAAAAGAUGGGAAUAGCUGCUGCGACUUGAGCCAUUGGUUAGUGAAGUCUCAAUCUGAUCCCUGAGCUGAGAAUUUUUUUUCCAUUGGCGUUUGGUGUUUUGAAACUUAGAACAAUCGUUAUUUACAAGGUAAGGUAAACUUCAUGUUGCAUUCAGUAUGACCUGAAGCCCAUAAAGGAAAGUGUUUACUGGGGUCACAUAAAAAGGGUGCUGAAGGCCGCUUUCCCAAAGACCUGUAAAUAACCACAAGUCUUUGCAGUCAGAAGAAUGAAGGAAAAGGCAUUAAAAAGAAAGCAGGUUUAAGGCACUUUAGCACUGACUUCACUUUUCAGACCAAGAAGCUGUGUCCAUAUGUCACCCCCACAGUAUCUUUUGUAUGAUUGAUGUGGUUUCUUGACAAAAAAGGAAAAAAACAGACCAUGAAUCUGUAACUUUGGUCUGAUCAUUUCUGAUGUGUGUAAUUUUUUUUCUUUCUUUCUUUACCACUACAAUCAUCGCAAAUAGUUAUUUUUCUUGUAUACUUGUCAAUUCAGUCCAAGUCCAUUUAAAAUCAUUAUCCACUGUCAUUUACGUCUGCUUUUUUUAUGUAGAAUGGCCCUAAUAAGGACUUUCAUAUAAGUUUGCAGAGGAAUUUCACAGAAAAAUAGAAAAAAAGGCUAUGAAACAAUAACAGAACGAUCAUCUAGGGACUUGUCGACACGCUGGAUAAAGAGCUCUGUUACAUUCAGUCUAUGGUCAUAAACAGUGAGAUGGAAUUGUUUGUUUCUUGUAUUCAGUUUUGUUUUAAUUUUGGCAGAUCCAACAUGAUCUGACCAUAACAGACGUAUUGUGCAGAAUUCUGUUUUAAGAGAGAAAGAAGGCAACCACAGCAAACAAAACAGUGCUACAGGGAGAGUAUGACGAGCAGGAGCAGUCACUGACCCAAGAAAUCAGCAUUGUUGAGCCACAAAGCAGUAAUGCCCAUGCAGUGAAAAGGUUUGCACUCAUAAUGCUAAUCCAAAACAACAGACACCUGUGCAUUAGUUUUUCAAAUUGAAAAAUGCUUAAAGCAAAAACUUUAUUGACUUCCUCUCAGCUGAAGUUGAAACUGAAUGUUGUGUUAUCACACUGAUCUUAUUUUGCUAACAUGUCCCAGAGCGCUGUUUGGUUUCUCAAAAGCUUCACCUCUCAAAACUGUAAUGGAAAUUGAUAAUUAUAAAUGAAAGUCAUGUUUCCAUUUUUGUAUAAACACUCCAUAAAAUAAGUGGUACAGCGCCCAGGCAGCACUCUCCACCUGACUGAUGUCUGUAUUAUAUGAUCAUCUCAAGAGUGCCUUGUGUUACACGCAUAAAUGCACCUGAACACUAUAGGAUAGCAUUCCUUUUUUGCUUUAAAUGUAUUUACUACUGUAUUCGUUUAUUUAUUUUUACAGAGAAGUCAAGAUGACUGACUGAAAUGGUGUGAAAUUGUUAUUUAGUGCUUUUGCUGUUUUCAUAGUACUCAUGAUAAUGGUGGCAGAAUUUUUAUUUUUGGCUUUAACAAACCUUCAGUUAUACAGAAGCCCAAAAUGUUUCAAAUGAAAACAGUGAAUAAAAUUGGAUAAAUGCUAAAUUGUUUAAAAUAUAUAUGUUAUAAUUCUAUAUAUUCAGUUUUCUAUUAGAUUUUUAUUUAAGUACAUGCAAUUUUUGCUUCAUAUUAUUCUUUUAUUUUGUCAAUUAAGUCAGUGACAUCAAUCCUGUUAACAUACAGAAAAACAGCAAUGAAAACAUUUCUCUCUCCUUGGCAAUAAUGAGUAAAGCCGUGGAAGUGACUGAAUUAACCCACUGAGAUUAGCUCCUGCUGUACUGGUUCUUAAUGUGAGUGUUAAAGAUAUUGCGUGAGAUUUGAAAGAGAACAAGUUCAAAUCUCUGUACAGAUGAUAGGUUGUAAAAUAACACAAGCACCUACCUAACUACCUGCCAUCAUAUUAGCUAUACUGGUAAUUUAGAGGGUUGCAUCCCUGGCUAUGUAGCUAAAUAAGUAUGAAGAUGAUACUGAGUCUGUUCACUAUAUUUAUUUAUAGCAGCAUCUACAUAGUUAGACGUGCUAAAGGGCACUAAUUCCACUUGCUAACUAAUGGAUAGGCAAAAGGGCAAGGAGCAAAAAAAACAAAACAAAUUCCACUAUUAUAUAAAAUGUUUGAAACAAACAGGGAAGAAUGCUAAAUAAAAACGUUUUAACAUGUUUAACAAUUUAGUUUUUAAACCUGUUUGUUAUAAGUCUUAAAAUUUAUGUAAUGUUGAAUAUGUUGGGCCUGACAACACAGAAUUCAUAUCUGUGUGUAUCAUUGUUAGGAUGAUAAAACACUACUAACCCUACAAACACAUGACUUCAGCUUGGAAGCGAGAGAGAUGCACUGUGGACAGGUGUUCAUCAUACUGAUUCAAGUGUGUGUGCAUAGUACUAGAAUAAACAUGAAGAAGCCAGUUGCCCUGAUGUAUAAAGCAAUGUGCUAAACAAUUUGUGUGUUUCUCUGGUAGAGCUGCAGUCCCACACACUGGACUGUCUGGUUGUGAUCUUCAGAAUGUGGGCUGCUCUUGGGAGCUGAUUUACUCCAGCAACAUGUCUGCUUAAGUCAUCACUUUCUAGCAGACAGUGAAGCAAUUAUGGGCCUACACUUGCUUAUUUGAGAGUUGAACCUCACUGAUGUUGAAUAACAGCAACAAAAGUGAACGGAUGACAAAUACUUUAUUCUUAAUGUCAGUGUCUGACUGUCUCAUGCCUUUAUUUCUGGCACGACUGGUGUGUUUCGCACUCCUUGCUCUGUUAUUGCAUAUCAUGCAUAAAGCGGUGACACAGAAUGUCAUUGUGUGGCUGUGUGUAAAUGUUUUCUGUAUUUGUACAGUGAAAGGUAAUGCUGCAGUGUCUUAAAAGUAGCCAUGUGUUGGCUGUAUGCUGUACUGACCAACAGCCAAUUAGGCAGACCCAGUGGAAGUGCUACCUAUACAAACUAAAGGCUACGCUAUUCAUAAAUGGUGGCCUAGUUUACAAAAUAUAUACACUUUAUAUAUAUUUGCAUUUUAUUUUAUUAUGCUAGCUGUAAGUGAAUGAGUAUGUGAGUACAUGUAUAGUAGUUUUCUGAUUGAAGCCCCUGCCACUCAAAGUGUUGAGUUGAGACAAAUAUUUAUGCUUUAAUGAGUUCAGCUGUUAAAUAAACUAGUUCAUGACU